AGAUAACUUGAAUACCAACUGUCUCAUAACUUCACCGCCAAAUGAGUGGACCAGCGUGAAAUUAUGGCGUCUCCAAGGUAAAUACAUACCAAGGGAAGCACUCGCCGCCAAGAGGGACAGCACGAGUAACUCCAGCAAAGUCAGUAGAUCAACUGCCGCCGCCAUAGAGUGGACCAGCACGACAGUUGUUAGUCACCAAGCAACUCAUAACUUCACCGCCAAAUGA